CAACAACGAUCAAAACAGCAACAAAAUCUGUCUUAUUAUUGAAGUGAAUUGCUUUUAGCGCGUUAAUAUUUUAAUUUUAUGCUUUGAAGUGAAAUAAAAAAGUUGAAACUACAUGAAUUUUUGUAAAUGAAGAGUGAAUUGCAAAUCCCAAUCAAACUAUGGAUUAGAAAACGUGAACCAAAAUGAUUAAAACUGUUUAAAAUAGAUUCAAGGAAGAAACAAAGUUACGUUUACAUUUGUGAUAAUGAAAUGGUCAAUUGUAAUUUGGAUAUAUUUUGUUAUUAAAUCAACUGUAGCUGGUGAACAGCAACCAUCGACUGUAACAAAUGAAGGAAAAGUGGGAAAAAGUGAAAAUAAAGUGAUUUCAAUAAAUGAUAAGUCAAUUGUAAAAAUAGAAAACCUCAAUUCCAUGAGAUUAAACAAUGUUUCCAUGUUAAUCAAUGGAUCUCGCUCAUUAAUUUCAACUUUACCAACAAGAAAUUCACUAAAUGUUACAAUCAAAGAUCGAUCAACCAAUAAAUCAAAAAGCGAUUUUUAUGAUAAAAACUUGUUUGUGGCUUAUACUGGACAGAACUUUACAAUACCUUGUGAUAUUUCAGGUGAACAUGGAGAUGACACGAUAAUUCUUAUUCUUUGGUAUCGCAAUGAUUCGGUUCGACCAAUUUAUACAGUCGAUGCUCGUAAAACAAGCCUUAAAGAAGCCUCACAUUCUUCGGAAGUUGCAGAUCGAAUGGUAUUCAAUAUAAACUAUCCGAUAUCCAAGUUGCUGAUCAAGACUGUUGAAAAGGAAGAUGAAGCUGAAUAUAAAUGUAGAAUUGAUUAUCGCAUUGGGAGAACAGUUUAUCGAACCAUGAGAUUAACUGUCUUAGAUUUUCCAGAAGAUGAAGCUGAAGAAUCAGAAUAUCGAAAGGAUCCAUCAAGCUGGCCUCAGUAUAUUGCAGCAGUUGGAAGCACAACCGACCUUCACUGUAACACAACCGCGCCAACUAAAGACGAUUCGGUGGCCUUAAUCCUUUGGUACAAAGAUGAUCUUGGUCAUCCUUUGUACUCAAUUGAUGCUCGUUCAAGUGAUAACUUUUCAGAGGCAAAACACUUUGCCAAUAGUGAAAGAGCCAAGCUCAAUUUAACCGAUUCAAUUUCAGUGUUGACUCUAUCGCCGGUCAAGGAACAAGAUUCAGGUGAAUAUCGAUGUAGAGUUGACUUUAAAAGAGGAAGAACAAUCAAUCGAUUCCUUAAUUUCCAAGUAAUUGUUCCGAUUAAACAAUUGAUAAUCUCCAGUGAUAAUGGACACAAAAUUAAAGACAUUGGUGGACCUUUCAAUGAAGGAGAACCGCUCAACUUGACUUGUGAAGCUCAAGGAGGUAAACCUUCACCUGAAAUAACUUGGUUUCGUGGAUCAACCAUCAUUGAUGAUACUUAUUUCAUGUCCGAUGAUGGAUCAAGCCUUAAUAUACUUCAUUUACCUGCACUUAAACGAGAUGAUUUAAUGAUGAUUGUCACUUGUAAAGCAACUAAUAACAACAUAACAGAGCCAAUUACACGAAGCAUUGCCAUUGAUUUAAAUUUGAAGCCAAAAGAGGUUCAAAUAAUUAAACCGUUAAGUAAAUUAUCUAUUGGUAAAACGGUUGAACUUGUUUGUCAAUCAACUGGCUCUAAACCAUCAGCUCAUAUUAAAUGGACAAUUGGAUCUAAUUUAUUGGAUGGUUUGGGUGAAUCAACAUCAGAUGAUGGUUCAGUUACGACCAGUUUUUUAUCCUUUGUGCCUUCUAUUGAUGAUAAUGGGAAAAGAUUAACUUGUACAGCUUGGAAUCCAAUGUUCAACGGAGAUAGUCUUCAGGAUGAAAUGUUGCUCAAUAUUAGCUAUGUGCCGAUAGUAUACCUUGCGAUGGGUGUUAGUUCCAGAAAUGAAAAGAUCUUGGCUGGAAGUGAUAUAUUUUUUGAAUGCAAUAUUCAGGCUAAUCCAGCUGCUGAUAAAAUGGGAUGGUAUUUCAACGGAAAGCCUUUAGUUUCAAAUGAGACUGCUCAUAUUUUUAUUUCAAAUAAUUCAUUAUUAAUUAAAGAUGUUUGGAAGAAUCAUGAAGGUAGAUAUAAGUGUUGGGCAGCAAACAACGAAGGACAGGGCUCAUCGGACUCAAUUGACUUGAACAUUCAAUUUGCUCCGAUUUGCUCUGGUGCUCAUAGGGUUUAUUUUGGUGCUGCUUUUGGUGAAAAGGUUGAAAUUACAUGUGAAGUGGAUGCUGAUCCACCAGAAGUUAAAUUUAUUUGGUCUUUCAAUGAAUCAUAUUCAUCCCAGUCUUCAUCCCCAUCUUCAUUGCCAUCCUCAUCAGCCUCACCACCGACAAUAAGCUCAACAUCCAUGAAUAUUGAAACGUUGUCCCUUGAAUAUAGUCAAAGUGGCCUUAAAUCAACUGCAAUAUACACGCCUAAAUCAACGUCCGAUUAUGGUGUACUUUUUUGUUGGGCAACCAAUUCAAUUGGAUUAUCAAAAGAGCCAUGUAAAUUUUAUAUUAUUCCUGCUGGUCCACCAGAAUCGCCUGAAAACUGUACAAUAGCUAAUAUAACUAUGGAUUCAUUAACUGUCUCCUGUUGGCCUGGUUAUAAUGGUGGCUUAGAUCAAAAGUAUCAUCUUGAGAUGCGACUAAAUAAUAUUGACGGACCAUUAAUUCAAAAUCAAAGUACAACUGAUUAUCCUUUUUUCAUUGUUAAAUCGCUUACUUCUGGUAAUCCGUAUAUAAUUAACAUUUAUGCAACUAAUGUUAAGGGUCGAUCAGAUUCUGUCAUUUUAAGAGGAUCAACUCAACUUCAAGCUCAAUGGCAUACAACAGACUCAGUUGAUGAUAUUGUAAUCAAUCCAAUGACACUUAUUUUGCUAGCUUCUUUGGGUACUUUCACUGCUCUUGGCUGUUUGAUUAUGUUAGUAAUUAAAAUAAAACGCAGCAAACGUCGCAAUGCUGAUUCCGUCAAGAUAGCAAUGAAUACCAUUUCUGAUGAAAGACUUCAAAACAUGUUGCUGGAUCAAGAAUGUAGCGGAAUUAACUUUGGACCAGAUCUUGGUAUUAAUCAUGUUACCAAAUUUUGCAAUAAUCACGAUGAUAGCCUUUUUGACGAGCACAAAACAAUUGAUACUAUUAUUGUGCCUCAGCCUCCUGAUGGUUCUUACCAUCAGAUUUGCCUUGAAAAUCAAGAACUUUCCAUGACAGACCAGAAUAAUGAUAAACAGACUAAUGAGAUGUUACAUGUUUGCCAUGUUGGUGAAGGAUUAAUUGGAACAAGUCCAUUGUUUAUUGAACAUAUUUACUGUCAUCAAGACGAUUCUCGAACUGGUCAUUCUUCAAGUGGUAUUUAUUUUCGUGAUAUGGUUGGCUGAGUCCUGUGUAUAUUUUUGAGACUUUAAAUAAUGCCUGACCUGCCUUUAGACGUUUUGGAAAAUGAUAGAACGUCAAAUCGAAUCGUUUCGAAAAAAAUCAAGAUUAUUUGACCACUGAAUGCUUGAUGCUGAUCCUUCUCCAGGCCACUUCGAAGAUUGAAAUUAGUCUUUUGAUUACUACCAUUUACAUUUGGCAACAAUUCAUGAACAACGUCUGGGAUCCAUGGGUAUAAUUUUGUGGAAACAGAUGACAUUUAAACCACAGAAAAUAAAAUUAGUCAAUGGACUGCAUUCAGAAUCAAAUAGACUAAACAUUUGAUACAAGUUUACUGUUUAAAUUUGAUUGUCUGACUCCUGGAAAUAUUUAUGUCCAUUAUACCAAAGUAAUUUUUUAAUUUGUAAUUUUUUACGCCUUUUCACUCAAAUCAACUGCGGGUUGACCGUAUUUAUAAAACUGAUGGAAUAGCUUCUGAAGUCGAUUUGAACAUAUUCUCACGAUGAAAUAAGGAAGCAAAUCACAAAUUUAUCUUGAUGCUCUUUAUAAGUGCCUUUUUGGAUCAUUUGCAAUAAUGAAUGGAUGAUCCUCGGUUCUGUCGUUACUGGAUUGAACUCUGCCUUUCCUAGCUGUGCUCCAAUUUUUGACUAUUUCAUGAAAAUUGACUCAAUCAAGUGACCAAUGUUUACUAGGAAAAAAAUAAAAACUAUUUUGUAAUACUCAAAUAAUUCACUUUAAUAAAUUGAAUUCAAAAUUAA